GCCAAUGCCGAAGGGCCAACACCAAUUGCCAAAUUGCCAAACGAGGCCUGUAAAAUUUGUACAACCAUGAACCAUGUCAUUUGACAUCCCAAAAAGAGCUUAAAAAUUGCAACAAUGGAGAGAAGUUCAAAUCUACUGGAUGAAGCUCUUGGAAUCUUCCAUAACAACUCAUCUUCAUCUUCUUCCUCACUUCCCAGUGGCAGUUGUGUGUUGAUUGAAGAUUGCAUCGAAACUAGCGGCGCUUUCGUCAUCAAUCACAUCCUCAAGCGUUCUCUCUCUGCUUCUGCUUCUGUCAUCUUCGUCUCUCUUUCUCAUCCUUUCUCUCACUAUGAUCGCAUUCUCCGAAAACACGGUUGUAAUUUGGCUGCUCACCGCGAGAGUGGAAGGUUUUUCUUCUUUGACAUGCUUAUGCUAGGAUGCACCGACCAGAGCAUGGGAAACAUACAGUCUGGUGGGCUGAUUGAGUUUUACGGGAAAAUCCAAAAAGUUGUAGAAGACAUUAUUUCCAGUAAUGGAAACAGUAAAAGUAUCACUAUUAUGCUUGAUGAUUUCUCCCUAAUCGAGGUCGCUGCCAAGGGCUCUUUCAAUCACAGCUUGGACUUUCUGCGAUAUUGUUACACUUUGACUUCAGAAUUUGGAUGUUCCCUUGUGAUCCUUAACCAUGAGGAUAUCUAUCUUGGAGAGGAAAGUUCAACACCCAUUGUACAGAUGGAGUACCUAGCUAACAUAUUGAUUAAAGUUGAACCAUUGGCGACUGGUCUGGCAACCGAUGUCCAUGGACAGUUGACUAUACUGAACAAAGGAAUGCUUGACGAGUCAAGGAGUUCAACAAACAAGGUGCAAAAUUUCCACUUUAAGCUCAAGGAGAAUGGUAUCGACUGCUUUUAUCCAGGGACUAGGGCGUGAGGAUAGAGACCUUGGUGCCGCCGUACAAUUAAGUAUUCAUCUCAUUGGUGUGAGAACAAUAGAAUGCUGAGGAUUUGGAGCCUUGGAGUAUAAAUUUGGUUAAUGGGAUUUAUGAAUUGUUUACUUCCCAUUUAAUCCUUGUAACAGAAUGUAUGAAAUUUCCCUUGUGGGGUCUUAACUAAUCAACUUAUUUUCACUAAACAAGAGAUUUUAAGUUAUAAAGCAAUUAGUACAAUAGGUGGGUAGCAAUUUCAAAAAGAAUUGAUUUGUCCUUGUCAUGCUGGAAUUGAAAAGGCAAUUAGAGCAACAAAUAAUGUCCACAGUUUUGAUUACAGAUCUAGUUCAGUAACAAGUGUUUUGUGUUCAGACAACCAAAAGAGAAUAUACAUUUUUUGGACUGUAUGAGUAACAUCAAAUAUUCUAUUUAAUACAUCAUUCGUUUUUAAA